AUAUAUAAACAUUGUAAAUUGGGAAAGACAUACUGUAGCUUCAAGUAACAUUAAGUUAUAUGCAAACAGAAAUGGAACCACACACUGCAACAAUAGUCUGCAACAAAAUAAAUUGUAUCAGUUAUUUUUCAAACGAAACUCCUGUCCCACAUCCCUGUUUUGCCCCAUAAAAAGAAAUGACUUUAAAACAAAAUUGUAUUUAUUAUAUUUGCUAUGAAAUGUAUUACACAGCCUUCUCCAACUAUGAGUCAUUUCCUUACUUUUAUGUCUGGAAUUUUACAUAAUGCAAUGCCUAUCAGUUGCAAACAAUUGCUUAUAUACCGAAUUAUGCGACAGAAACUAUUUAGCCUUUUUAAAAAAAUGCAUUUUAUCUUUUUUUUAAGUUGACUUCUUACUUUUGGAGCAAAAUGAAACAGGAUAAGGUCAUGGCCAUAAAGUUAACACUAUUAUACAUAAUUACCAUCAAGGUUUGUUUUUCUUCCAGACGUGGGUUUUUCAAUUCCUAUUUAGGGGCAUUAUCAUACAAGAAGACCGGUAACAGUGGUAGCAACCUUAUUAAGGCUGUUACUGAGGGACAAUUAAACUUGGAGACCCGCGGGGAUGUGUUAGGAAAACUUAACACUUUGUUUUCGGGCAUAAAUGUGCUCAUGCAUCUACACAUCUAUAGGGGUCUUUUCUAUAGUAGUGACAGACCAACCCACAGGCUCCAGCUCUGUGUGGUGCUGAUACGAGUUCAAUGGUCAACGCGCUCGCGCAGCACAGAUCAUCCCACUUAGUCGCGCGACACUCCACAACAAUGGCAAACGGUACCGUUUGAAUAGCACAUCUCUGACUGGUAGGGAGGCCAUUAAAAGCUUUGUCGCUUUAUUAUUUUUUUCUUCAUUUUUAUCGUGAUAUAUAUGUAUAUAUGUAUUAAACCGAGGGUAGUCACCUCGGUUAUUUUCUUCCUCUGGGUAUUUUCCGAAAAUGUGCGAGGCGCUGUUGGCAAGCUCACACAGUCCGUGCAUGUGUGUCCCUGCUGCUUUUCUGCUGCUGGGAUUCAGCUACUAACCUAGCUGCUUUUCACUCGGUGGUGAGCUAACGCUAGCCCGACCGCGUUUAUAGACCAGAGGAGGGGGAAACACGCGAAUGUAAAAGGCUAUUUGUGCAGUUGGUUUUAUGACAACAACAACAACAACCCUUUAUUGUUUACUAAUUGUUAUCCUCGGGUAAGGGUACGCAUUAUUGUAUGAGUUGUCGCAGAAAAUACUUUGCUGGCUAGCUAACAGGCUAGCUAUUUGUGCGUGUUAUUUGACUGAAGAAAACGACGAGUUUUCUUUGAAGUAUGGAUGAUCAGACCAGGAUGAUGACGGGUCUCACCGGACUCGGUGGACUAUCGCAAGCCGACGUCGGCGAUCCGGACUCGGUCAGGAAACAGCAGUCCCUCGGUCAGCCCCAACAAGACAUUGGGGAUAUCCUACAGCAAAUAAUGGCCAUCACUGACGAAAGCCUGGACGAAGCACAGGCCAGAUGCUGGCCAGAGGACUCGCCAGUGCAUUGGGGUGGAUCGGACGACCCUACAGAGGGAGGGAGAAAAGGGGGGUGCAUGGCAGGGGGUGGCCUGCCACUCAACUUCCAGCACAGGAAGCAUGCCCUGAACUGUCACAGAAUGAAGCCAGCCCUCUUCAGUGUUCUGUGUGAGAUCAAAGAGAAAACAGUGCUGAGUAUACGAGGUGUGCAGGAGGAGGACCCUCCAGAUCCUCAGAUCAUGAGGUUGGACAACAUGCUGUUAGCAGAAGGCGUUUCAGGACCAGAGAAGGGAGGAGGAUCGGCAGCGGCGGCGGCAGCCGCAGCGGCAGCAGGGGGCUCACCAACCGACAGCAGCAUAGAGCACUCUGACUACAGAGCCAAACUGGCCCAGAUCCGCCAGAUUUAUCAUUCUGAAUUGGAGAAGUAUGAGCAGGCCUGCAGUGAGUUCACCAACCAUGUAAUGAACCUGCUGAGGGAGCAGUCCCGCACACGGCCCAUCUCUCCCAAGGAGAUUGAGCGCAUGGUGGCCAUCAUCCACCGCAAGUUCAGCUCCAUUCAGAUGCAGCUCAAACAGAGCACCUGUGAGGCCGUCAUGAUCCUACGCUCACGCUUCCUUGAUGCCAGACGCAAGAGGCGCAACUUCAACAAGCAAGCCACAGAGGUGCUGAAUGAGUAUUUCUACUCCCAUCUGUCUAACCCUUACCCCAGUGAGGAAGCCAAGGAGGAACUGGCCAAAAAGUGUGGGAUCACCGUGUCACAGGUCUCUAACUGGUUUGGCAACAAGAGAAUACGCUACAAGAAGAACAUUGGUAAGUUCCAGGAGGAAGCCAACCUCUACGCAGUGAAAACCGCAGUGGAUGCUGCCAAUGUGUCAGCACAGGCAAGCCAGGCUAACUCCCCAGCAACGCCAAACUCAGGUGGAUACCCUGCACCGUGCUACACACCUGACGGGCGGCUAUGAGGAGCUGUCAGGUAGUGGCCUCUACACCCCUCAUCAACUGGAUGCUAACAGCUGGCCGGACACCAUCGACUCCCGCUCAGUCACCUCCCCUCCUGGUCCUCCCAGCAGCGUCCAAUCAGACACGUCCAACUGAUCUUUUGGCUGAUCCCCCUGCCAUCGCUUCUUUCCCACUGUGGACUGCUCUGACUAACAUCUUCUUCUGUCCCCCGUCCUUCAAUACCCCUCCCCCCUCUCUCAACUUAUCAGCUACAUGUAGCUGUUUUCAUUUCAGGAACACACACUGUGCUGGAACACAGGACAGCUGAACAGUCAGGAGGAAUUCACUCCCUUCACCUCCCCAGUUCCAUUUCAAUGCUCAAAGCUCCAUAUCUCCAAAUAAGAGGGGGGAGGAAACGUACUGAUACUGACGCAUAAGGAAAACACCCUCAAACCACCAAGGACUUUUUGAGAACCACUGACACAGCUGUGUAGAUGAUCACGAUGUCUGUACAUUAUGUGUAUAUGCACGUUAACUUCACACACACACACACACACACACACAGCUUUUCCAUGUGCUGUUGACUUCUGCACUCAACCCCUUUGCUUUGGAGAACUUUGUGUGAUUGCCUGUAUCUCUGGAGGCCUUGGCGCCGACAGCCAAACUGUGGAUACAGUUCACCAGAGAGCUCUGCUCUCCACGCUCGUACCAAAGUGCUGCCCCCAGUGGUUGUCAACACUUCUGCUCCCCUGCGAUCGCCCUCUGCCAGCUCCAAAUGCUACGCUGUUGUAUCUACCAGUCAUUAUUGGUGGGCGGCUGUUUUCGGUGGGAUAUUUCAAAGUGAAUGAAGACAUGUACAAAAGUGCAUGCAACCCCCCCACCCCUCCGCACCCCGCCCCUUAACGUGACGCACGCCCCGACAACCUUCGACAAACUUCAGUUAUUCGCUGGCAUUUUAAGUGUCGAGCACAAACGUUAGCAUCCUUGUUGUGGGCGUCUCUUCCUGUAAAAUGUUAGUGAAGGUUAGCAGUGAUCUCCACCGGGCAGGGACAGUUGAUAAUAGGGUCAGUGAACGGAGGGUUAAAGGAGGGAAAAUGUGAGUGUGGAUGUAACUAAUAGCCCUAUAUGUUGCUAACCAAUAGAGGGUGUUGGUAGAUGGCUUGUAGACUUUACUUCUUGCUUUCUGUCCAUUAGUUUUUUGAUUGUAGGCUAUUUUCUAAUGCUGUUUCACCAAGAAUGCACCAGCCACCACCAAAAAAAUUAGCUCAAUAAAGCAUCAAAAUGACAUUAGGUGAUGGGUGGAAAGAUUGUGGGGGCAUUAAUGUGUUAUUGGGACAAAUGUGACAUGAUUUUAGAAAUGUGACUGUCUUCCAUGCAUGUAAGACUUUUAGGCGUGAUAUUGUUUUUCAUUUAACCUUCCAGGUUUUUUACCUUUGUUUUAAUAACAAAAAAAAAAAAUAAAGGGUAUAAUUAUCACAGUCAGACCAAAAAGGAAGAAGUGCAUCAUGUGUUAAUAUAAUGUGUGUAUCUCUGUGUGGGUGUGUGUACAGUCUCUCUUUUUGGGGUCAUACCGGCUGGUGCCAUUUGACCUUUGUGAGCAUUAUAUAAACUGGGUGCUUCCACCAGCCAAUGACACACCAGGUGGGGUCCCACUGACGACAUCUCCCCAUUUGUAAACAUUUCCAUCUUGAGCCCAGCCUGAGGUAACACACUACAACCUUCUGUUGUACCAAAACCAAAAAAUACCACAUUCAGCAAUGUAAUAAUUUUAAUAACACUCUCUCUCUCUCUCUCUCACACUCUCUGUCUCUCUCUGUCUCUCUCUGUCUCCUUCUUCUGAAGGUGGUGCACAGCCAUCUUUGUAGUUUGAGGAGAAGAUGGGAGUUUUAUUUCUAUCUGUGUCUCUGUGCUUUUGACAUGCCUCAAUAUGAUUUCAUUUUUAAUGGGAGGUUUUGUUGCGGGGGUUUUACGGGAGGGUGGGUAAAGUGAGACUUGUCCUCUCAGUCCUCUAAGCCGAUGUUAUGAGAAUCAGGCACGUUCUCAACUUUACCCACCUGCUAAUCGUCUGACUAAAAUCACUCUUACGUUGAAAGUCUAUGCCCAAUUGGGAAAGGGCUCCUCUCUCCUCUGUUACCAAAAACGAGGCAGCACCGGGUGAAGUAAAAGGAGACAAACCUGCAGUGUUUUGGGGGGAGGGCGCAGGUUUUUUCUUUUUAUUCUUUGGAACUAUUUUAUACAUUCAAACCUAUGUGAAUAACGAAGCAUUUUGAUAGUAAGGUAAAGCCUUAUGAAUAUUUAAGUGUCAGUCAAGACUUUGUUGAACCAUGUGUUACAGAACAAAACUUGAGCUUGUAAGCUGGUUAUAUGUUCAUAUCCCAUAUUUGAUUAUUGGUUUUUUCGUUGCAGUUCAUAAGACUGUAUCUUAUAAAUAACCUUGUCGCCACACCAAAUUGUCAUGCCCCUCCCCUUCCUUUUUCUACCUGUUGUAAUGGAUGUCACUGUACAGUUUGUAAUGUUUCAGUAUUUUUUUUUCCUUUUAUAAACUUUCUUUGGCCUUUGUGUCACGGAUUCACAAUAACUCUGUAUCAACUUUGAAUAUUAUUUAGGUAUUUUGUUACAUAACCAAGUGGCAAUGUUAAGGAUUACAGGCAGAACGUUUGGUGCUGCGAACAGAUGAAUGUAGCUGACGGAGCUACUGUGGUGUCAAUAUUCACCAGUAUUGGUGUAACCUGAAAUUUGAGUACGCUGAAAGGGAAGCCAGGGCAACGUAGUCUGGCAAAUUGGGAGGAUUCAAACUUUGCAGGACUUUAAAUCUAAUACGAAUGUGUUGGGGUCUGAGCUGAGGAAAGUUUAGUUUAUGUAUCGGCUCAGUUGUGUUUCUGGUUCAGUUUCCAGGAACAGGAAGAGAGCAUUGAAAUGACACUGAAGUGUAUGGUCUGCACUCUGCUCCAGUCAAAAGGCUCUGCUUCUGUUGCUCGGCUGAAAACUCAAGGUUACAGUAAAAAAACAGCCACAGCUGUGAAAACACUGUGGUGUGUCUGUGUCUCUGUGUGUAUGAAAGUUCAAGGCAGAGCAAGAAAAUUAAAGUGCAGAUCUAUUCAGGUCUGACUUGUCGACAUAACCUUUUAUUGGAGGCUGUAACUGCCUGAUUCACAGCACCAAUCGUUCUCCUAAACCUUUAUGAUUUCUUUGUUUUUAUUAGUAUCUUUGUAUCUCCCUUCUUUCCCUUGUAUUUACCCCUCUCUCUACCUCUGUCUUUCCAUUUCUCUUGUAUAUAACCCCCACUGUUUUCAGACUCGUCAGUCUGUAUGAACUCCUUUUAUACCUCAACUUUAGAAUUGUUCUAGAAAGAGUAAAACAAAAGGAAGAAUAUGACAAAUUGUAGUGUUCUUAUUAGAAAAUUAAUAAAAACAAUUUAGUGUGA